AUGAAGGCGAUGGAGGACCGUUUUGAAGCCCGUUUUGAAGCCCUAGAGGCUCUUAUUAGACAAAGGUAUGAAUUGAAUAGGCAUGCCUAUAAUACGAUUACUAAAAGGUUAGAUGACUUUGAAGCAGUCAACAGACCAGACAAUGACUAUGUACGUUCAAAACUUGAUAUGCUUGUGAAGCGAGUGGAUCAAAUUGCUUCGGAGCUUAGUGUCCUCGCAAAAGUUUAG